CUACUGUUCAGACUGUCCAACUACCAAGAUGUACCCCACUACACAGUACACACACGGUAUACGUCUAUACGGCGUACAUUUAUUGUCGGUUGUGUCGUCGUCCGAUAACUAACUACGUUGAUACGCUGUCAGCGGAAAGUUCAAAGUGGUGACUAGUGAAGACAUCUUAGAUUUAAAUUGUACUGCUCUUUAAGGGCAGACAGCCAGUUAUCUCUAGUCAGUACUAUAUUAUACUUAGAUUGCAUUGCGUUUGCCGAACGCGCCAUUAAUUUUGAGAUUAAGUUAUCUUUCUCUUUAAAUCCUUAUUGAACUGAACAAUACGGGUACAUUAAAGCAAGUGUUGAUCUACAGCAAUAUUUCUAUACGUUCGUGAUUUAUUCGUUUUGGAUAAAAAAAAAAAUAUGAGUGUAGAUAUAAGUGAAAUGACCACAUCUCAGCUUCAAAUUCAUUCUACAAUACCAAAUCUAUUGGGUCCUAAAAGUAUAUCAACAUUAUGCACUAUAUGUGACAAACACAUUCGUACAAAUAUAUCAAAGAAAACUAAAUCUUCUGCUAAGUGGAGUUGUUUACUGACGAGUAUCUGUGCCUUUCUAAUUCCUUGGUGCAUGAACUCUUACAAUGUUGUCGACCAUGAGUGCCCACAAUGUAACACUAUUUUGGGGCAGUACACACCAUAAACUAAACUUCAACAAUAUAGUCGUACCGCUUAUACCAUACUUUUUUAACUACUUUUAUUAUUAUUUAUUAAAAACGACAAUUGAAUAAAAGUAAUUUUCAAUUUUUCAUGUAAUAUGAUAUUUGAAUAUUUCUAUAAAAAAAAGAAUGAAA